UUUUGGCACCCCCGGUAUAUUAUAUAUAUGUUUAUAUCAUUUAAUCCUCACAACCUCUCCAUAAGAUAUCCUCAUUUUGGAGAUGUGGAUACUGAAGCACAGAGAGGUUAAGUAAUUUGCCCUAGGUCACACAGCCAAUAAAUGGCCGAGCCAGCACAUGAAUGUCUGGCUCCAGAAACUGGAUUCUUACACACACUAUACUAGCUCUUUCUUACCAUUUCUUCCCCUAUUUUUCUUAUUAAACAAGUUUACGUCUUUCUCCAGAAUCUUUUUACUUUUAAGUAGAGGAUACCUAAAUAAUUGUAAAAUACUCUGAAAAUAGAUCACUCUUGAAAACUAGUGAGCAUAGUUAUCCAUUGCAGAACAUCUUUAACUACUUCACUAUUACAAAUUUAAAAGUCCACUGUGUACCCAACUUUGCAGGAAGCUAAUCUCAGCCCUGCCACAUGAGGCUAAAAAUAUAUGGUGUCAGAGAUCUGCCUGGCUGCCCAUGACUGAUAUGUGACCCCCCCUUUGCUGCCCACAUCAAGUCACCUAGCCACGUGCUGAUAAUAUGGACUGCUUUAUAAAGCAAAUAAUUAUAACACAACACUUGCUAUGUGACAAGCAACACUUCUGCAGCAAAGACGGAAAAGAAAAAAACCUGUUCUUGUUUUUAUACUUACUUGGGAAGGGCACAUUUUCAGGUAUUUACGUACUUCGUUGCUUUGGAAGCACACAACUUUUCUCACCUUUUGUAGCAUGAAAAGGUCUAUAGUACCCAAAUAUGUGCGACACAGAACGUAACAUGAAAAAUAAUCCAUUUUGUAUAUUUUGGAAUCUGUUUUGUUUUUGCCAGAGUAGGUUGUCCCUUACAUUUCUUAGCACGUGUCAUCCUUAAUAGAAUAUGCACCCUGGGAACCUUGUUUGUGCUCCUAAAGAGCUGUGCUGUGCAGUGUUGUUGUUAGUCGCUGAACUUCUUGCUAAAGAAAAACCUGGACCCUGAGUAAGAUCGCCUACAAACAGAAACAUGGUGCUGCCAAAGGAUCCUCAGAUUACGCCCACAUGAAGGAGCCACCUGAGAUCAAACAUGCCAUGGAGAUCAGUAAACACCAGAGUAAUAUUUCUUACAGAAAAGAUAUGCAGGACACCCACCUGUAUAGUGCAAAGCUCGACAGACCAGACAUCAAGAUGGCAACUCAGAUCUCCAAGAUCAUAAGCAAUGCAGAGUACAAGAAAGGGCAAGGACUGAUGAAUAAAGAGCCUGCUGUAAUUGGAAGACCAGAUUUUGAACAUGCUGUGGAAGCUUCUAAACUUUCCAGUCAAAUUAAAUACAAAGAAAAAUUUGAUAAUGAAAUGAAGGAUAAGAAACAUCAUUACAAUCCCCUUGAAAGCGUUUCUUUUAAGCAAAAUCAGCUUGCCACAGAACUGGCUAGUAAUGUGAAGUACAAGAAAGACAUUCAAAAUAUGCAUGAUCCAGUGUCAGAUCUCCCAACCUUGUUUUUAGACCAUGCUUUGAAAGUGAGCAAAAUGCUCAGCGAACACGAGUAUAGAAAGCUUUUUGAAGAAAACAAAGGACUGUAUCAUUUUGAUGCGGACGCUGUGGAACACCAGCAUCACAAAGGCACUUCCAUGCUCCAGAGUCAGGUUAAGUACAAAGAAGAAUAUGAGAAAAAUAAGGGGAAGUCGAUGCUUGAAUUUGUUGAGACACCGUCAUAUCAAGCUUCAAAGGAGGCCCAGAGGAUGCAGAGUGAGAAAAUUUACAGAGAAGAUUUUGAGAAGGAGAUUAAAGGAAGGUCAUCACUGGAUUUAGACAAGACUCCAGAAUUUUUACACGUAAAGUACAUCACCAGCCUUCUGAAGGAGAAGGAAUAUAAAAAAGAUUUGGAAAAUGAAAUAAAAGGGAAAGGAAUGGAACUUAAUCCAGACGUUCUUGAUAUUCAAAGAGCAAAACGAGCAUCUGAAAUGGCUAGUGAGAAAGAAUACAAGAAAGACCUGGAGUCAAAAAUUAAAGGGAAAGGAAUGCAAGUUGGCACUGACACCCUUGAAAUACAACAUGCCAAAAAAGCUUCAGAGAUAGCUAGUGAGAAAGACUAUAAGAGAGACCUGGAGACUGAAAUUAAAGGGAAGGGCAUGCAGGUGGGCACAGACACUCUUGAUAUCCAGAGAGCUAAGAAAGCAUCGGAAAUGGCCAGCCAGAAAGAAUAUAAGAAAGACUUAGAAACUGAAAUCAAAGGGAAAGGAAUGCAAGUGAGCAUGGACAUUCCCGAUAUGCUUCGAGCCAAGAGGGCGUCUGAAAUUUAUAGCCAGAAAAAGUAUAAAGGUGAAGCAGAGAAAAUGCUUUCUAACUAUUCUACUGUGGCAGAUACUCCCGAAAUUCAGAGAAUUAAGGAAAUUCAACAAAACAUUAGUGCGGUGAAAUACAAAGAAGAGAUCAAACAGGCAACAGCCAUUUCUGAUCCUCCCGAGCUGAAGAGAGUUAAAGAAAACCAGAAGAACAUCAGCAAUCUCCAGUACAAAGAGCCAUGCUGCAGGGCAACUCCAGUAAGCAUUACCCCAGAGAUAGAGAGAGUGAGGAGGAACCAGGAGCAGCUGAGCACGGUAAAAUACAAAGGCAAGAUCAAACAGGCCACUAUCAUCUCUGACCCACCAGAGCUGAAGAGAGUUAAAGAAAACCAGAGGAACAUCAGCAAUGUUUAUUAUAAAGGCCAGCUGGGAAGAGCUACUGCUUUAAGUGUAACUCCCGAAAUGGAAAGAGUAAAGAAGAAUCAAGAAAAUAUUAGUUCGGUAAAAUAUACCCAGGACCAAAAACAGAUGAAAGGUAGACCAAGUCUGAUUUUAGAUACACCUGGUCUGAGACAUGUCAGAGAAGCACAAAAUCAUAUUUCAAUGGUAAAAUAUCAUGAAGAUUUUGAAAAGACAAAGGGGAGGGGCUUUACCCCUGUCGUGGAUGACCCUGUGACAGAGCGAGUGAGGAAGAACACCCAGGUGGUCAGCGAUGCUGCUUACAAAGGGGUCCAUCCGCACCUUGUGGAGAUGGACAGGAGACCUGGAAUCAUUGUCGACCUCAAGGUUUGGCGCACCGAUCCUGGCUCCAUCUUCGACAUUGAUCCCUUGGAAGACAAUAUUCAGUCUAGAAGUCUACAUAUGCUCUCUGAAAAGGCGAGUCACUAUAGGAGACAGCGGUCUCGAUCUCAUUCGAGCAGUACCUUUGGGACAGGUCUGGGAGAUGACAAGUCAGAACUGUCUGAGAUUUACCCUAGCUUUUCAUGUUGCAGUGAGGUAACAAGACCGUCUGAUGAAGGAGCACCUGUGCUUCCCGGGGCCUACCAGCAAAGCCAUUCCCAAGGCUAUGGGUACAUGCACCAGACCAGCCUGUCAUCCAUGAGGUCAAUGCAGCAUUCCCCAAACCUAAGGACCUACCGAGCCAUGUAUGAUUACAGCGCCCAGGACGAAGAUGAGGUCUCCUUCAGGGACGGUGACUACAUCGUCAACGUGCAACCCAUCGAUGACGGCUGGAUGUAUGGCACCGUGCAGAGAACAGGGAAAACUGGGAUGCUUCCAGCAAAUUACAUUGAGUUUGUUAAUUAAUUGUUUCUCCUUGCCCUUUCAGCUUUAUUCUAAUGUACACUAAACCUAAUCUUUUUAAAAGAUAGAAGAUACUUUUAAGACAACUUGGCAGUUAUUUUCCAAUAAUCUAUCCUUACUUUGACAAUUAGCCACCCAGGUACCAGGAAGAAGGAGUGACUUCUGGGCUGAAAACAACAGCAUUUUCAGGAAUUCCUAUAAACAAAAUAAUUAGGUCUGGAGACCUGGUGCUGCUAAUUGUGUUAUUGGUUUCUUUUGACUGGCUAUUGAACCCUUCUGGGAAAUGUAUUUUUGUAGACUUUAAUAGAAAUGUUGAUUGUCACGUAAAUGUAAGAAGUAUCUGAAACUUCUUAGCUGUCACUUUGGAAUCACCAGGAGCCAAUUCUCUCAAUUCAGUAACACAGCCAAUAAUUUAAAAACCAUUUAGCUUUGGAGUCAUUAGGCAAUUUCCAAUUCCAGUGGAAAAUGCCUAAUAUGAUAAAUGUAAGUAGUGGCAGAAUGACAGUUUGGUUAAGAUUAUAUUGACUGGUGGCCUUAGGGACUUAGAAAUUUCUACUGAACAAAGAAAUUUUUUUGUUUUUGUUUCCUUGGCUGAUGUGGUUCUAUUUAUUUCUCAUGUGUACCUAUCCCCAUUUACAUUCUAUGGAACCAAGUGUAUGCUUGGCUCCACAGAAUGACCGGACCAAAUAACUUCACAGCUACUCUGCAAAGGGCCAAUUUAAGGUCAUCUCUAUUAUUUCCCUAAUAGCCUUUACCCUGUUGCAUGCCGUGUAGGUUCAAGCUUGUGUAACAUAAGCAGCUGCACCGCCCAUUCCUGUUACUGCAGCAAAAAGUGUGGCUGAUACCUAAAAAGCCUUUCCUCUAGUUGCCAGCUCAUCAGAAAAACAUAUUUUGAAAAGUUGCUUAAGAUUCUCCUGCUGCAUUGCACUCUAGUUUUGAAGGAUUUACACCUUAGGAUAUAGAUGUCUACUCUAGUAAAUAAGUGAUUUAGGUGUUUAUUGAACAGCUUUCAUUAACUUAAUGCCUCUGUUGAUUUAAAAGUUAAGAAAACUUAACAUGAGCCGGUGACAAAGUGGGACAUGGAGUGUGCUGGAGAAAACCAGCAAACAACAAGUUACCAACUUCACAAACAGAGAUGAUCUAGUUUCUUAUUCUGGGAAAUGAUAUUCAAUUCUGGAAUGGAGACCUAGCCGCUGACACCUGUCACAGGAAAGACUUCCCACUUUCUGCUUUUUAUUUUCAAAAUUGCAUUCAAGGGGUGAGAUAGGGAUAUCAUCAGGGAUUUUAGGUACAGGCCCAACAGGUUGUUCACUAAAAAAAGAAAUGGUCAGAUUUUGAUUUUCAGAGGAGUGACCUUGCAGUUCCCUGCUGGUUUCCUAGCCAUGACUGCAGCCAUUGUGGAUGGGUCAUGGAGUUUCACCUGGAGUCCACAGUCAAGAUCACCUAAGCGAUUAAUGUCCAUCAGCAACUUUGUUUUUCUGAUUGUCAUUUAUUGGGGCCUGCAACAGGGUAGCAUUUAUGUAGAAUCUGACUCAUAAUUGGAAAGAAACUGAAAAAGUUACAAAAAUGUAUUAAAAUGUAUAGGUCUUGGGUAUAGCUACCAUAUAUGAUACAUUCAAAGUAAUGAACAAAAUAUCCUGUAAAAUAUUUCUUAUUGAAAUCUUUACUAGUCCAAAGGCAGAUGUUAAUUCAUUUACACCAUUGAAAGGCUAGCAAAUACUUUCGAGAAUUCAUAAUUUCGUUCUAUCCAGCUAAAAGAGUAAAUAAAAUAACAUUAAUUACAUGCAAGUUGCAUUUACAUGACACUGACAUAAAAUUGAAAGGAGAAAAAUUCAGUAUGUCAACUGUAAUUGAAAAUUAAAAAAAAAUUUAAGAAAAAUUCAGGCAAAUUGCUAGAGAUUUUUUUUAGGGGCUUUACAGAUUUCCAAAUAAUGAGCUUGACUAAAUUUCUAUCAUUGAAAUGACCAGUCAUGAUUAAAUUGAUUAAACUCCAUAUCCGUUUUAAUGUCUUGUACACACACCUACAAACACAAGCCGAACUUGCAGUAUUCUUGCAGAAGUUCCUGUGCGUUAAAAUGAGGGAAAUAAGCUUGCUCAAUUUUAUUAUAUUUUAAGUAAAUAUUUAUGUUUCACCCAGACAGACCUCUUCUCGUGAUUAUAAAAAGGAGUAGUUGUUGAUUAAAUUUGCAGACUAAAUGUAGGACAGGUACAAUUUUUGAUAAAUAGCACAUUUAUAGGAAGCUGAAAGGAAACUAACUUAAAAUGAUUAUAAUGGGGAAAGUUACCAUAAAGUAGCAGCUUGAUGUUUCAUUGUUUUCUCUCAUUCACUGAUUUCAAAAUCAGAUUCACUGAAUGUAAUAGUCAUAGUUAUUUGGGGAAUAAUUCUUCUAAAAGUUGAAGCUUUGCCUACCAAGAAGUUUCUGCUUCCAGCUCUUAGGAAUUCAGAUCUGAUCAGAAUUUAACUAGAGGGCAGUUAUUUUACAAGAAAGAUCGAGGGAGAACAAGGUGUCACAUGCUCCUGACACUCUAACUUGAGAGUUUUGUCAUUGUUACCAAAGCUCGUCAGGAUAUUAAGCAUCUCAGCAGAAAUCUAGGAAACAUAUAUGUAGAAUAUCAAAGUGCUAUUGUCACAGCAUCGUUUUCAAGACUACAUCCUUGAACAACAUCUGCACUUUCCACUCGCCCCCUCCCCACCUUCAAUUUCACAACAGAUAUCUCAUACACAAUGCUGACAGCUAACGAAGGGUUUAAAACACACGUGUUUUAAAAAUCAAGUUCAAGUAGACUUUAUAGAGAGCAUGCACCUGAUUUUCUAAAAUUGUGGUGUUUUCCAGUCUGAUAAAAGCACAAGGAGCAGUUUGAUAUGGUUUGCAGGGUUCCCAAAACAAAACUGUAUGUGGAUCAUAUCUCUCUGGAGAAAAGCAUAGCAACAGAAUAUAGUGCUUUUGUUGUAAGUUUUUGUAGUAAACGUUUUUACUAAUUGUUGGUCUCUGGGAAAGCUUUCUAUCUCUAACCUGUGGUGACACCAUGCCUUUGUGUCUUCUUGUUAUUGUUUACACAUGCGCAGUGUAGCCCGGGCUGAAAUAUUUAUCUGGUUGUCAGCUGUCCCAGUCUCUUCUCAGGCCUCCCCCCACCUGCACACACCACACAGGAAUUUGCAAGCACAAUUCCCAAGAACACCUUGUAUGAAGAUGGAUGAGACUAGAGCAGCCCCCCUCUUGCCCCUGGGUUCAUUGCUUGAAGAUGAAGAUGCAGUUUUCACAGUUUUGCCAGUCUUUCUUUCCUUAUCCUCUCCCUGUUGAGCUUGACAACUCUCUAGGGGGCGGGAAGUUGACUUUUCUAAAGCAGUGGAAGUUCAGGAGAUGCAUCCUUUUUUCCGGGCUUAUCCAUCUCCAGUGGAAUGUUUUUAAUGAAAAGAUAAAGAAAAUGUGUGUGAUCCUUUAAUAACACAUCCCUAUAGGAAGUGGUUAUAGUUUAUACCAAAAUUAUAAUAUAGAUAUAUUAAAAAAAUAGGUGCCUUUUUGAUUACCCUGGUUUAUCCACUUGGUCUUGGAAUGAAAAGCAAGCAAGCAAGCUUCUGCCUAUUCUAUAGUAAUAUUUUAUUAUACACAAUUGGUAUUUUUGUGGUGGGGAAAUGUGAUGCCCCUGACAGAUAUGAAAGGUGAUAGCUGCUUGUCUUUUACCUCUAAAGGUUUAGAACUUUAGAGAACACUGACUUCUUCCAUCUAUUUCUGAAAGGUUCUUUGUGGAUGUAUAUCUAGUUAAGAUGCAUACACAUUAACUUUAGGUUUGAGAUCUAAAACACCUAUUGUGAGAUAGAAGAAUUAUGUUAUGAGACUGAAUUCAUGACACAGAUGAAAUUCACUUCAUACAUUCAUGAUAGUUUAGCUCUUUGCUUCUGAUAAUCCAAAAGUGGCUGGAGUGUGCUUGUUUUGGGUAAUGUGACAUGGAGAUGAGAACGCUUUAGUUAAGUAAAAAGUUCUGCACGUGAAUGCUAAACUGAAAGUCUCCUUCUGAAAUAUUCCAUGCCCAUUAGGGUCCUGUCCAGGCAGCUGCCAAUGAUUGAUAAUCAAAAAAAUCAAGACAUUGGAUGAUGCUUCUGUGGCCAUCAUUCCAUGAUGUUUAAACUUCUGCAAUCCACAAUCCUGGAAGGAUCACCAGGGCAAAUUUCCUCCCCAAAUGUCCAUACUGCUUUAGUGUAUUCAUGGGAGUUCCACUGCUUUUUGUGUUUGAUAUAUGGUAUCCAGUUUGCGUAGUAUAUACUUCUUUGUAAUCCAGUUGCUAUUAAGAAAGAUUUGCUUAAAGGAAAAGAGAAAUCUGUGUCAUUCUUCAGUGUCCACACAAUGAACGCUCAGCAUUUAGAAACAACAAAUGUGUUAUAGGCAUGGUGUGGAACUGUUGGUCUUUGACCUGUGAUAAAAAUGCAAAAUUGAGUCAUUGUGCAGUUUGGCUUCUGUUUGCUUCAAAAUAUGUAGAAUUGUGGUCGAUGAUGAAUUUGCAAGAUUUUACUAGCUUUGAGAGCUUACGGUUUUGAAGGAAACAAUGUCUUUCCAAUGAAGGGACUUACAGAGCAACACAAUGUUAUUCCUAUAAUUUGGCCUUGUUAUGCAAAUUGUUAAUACCAGCUAUUAAAAUAUAUUUUAGUAGAAAUGCUUUAAUUCAUGUUUCUUUCCUCUACACUGUGAAUCUUUAAGCCUUGGUGGACUAGAGCAACAUCGUGCUGCCCAAAGGACUAACCUAUGCAAACUAGUUCACAUUUCAGUGGAUGUCACAGUAAUUGUGUAAUAAGACAUCAUUUCCCUCCGCAUAAUGUACAGUGGCAUUGAAAUGACAAAUGCAGCUCAGCAUCACAUAUGUAUAGUAUAGUCACUCACAAACCCUUCAAGGCUACCAUAAUCAUGAGUAUUAUUAUUCGUUUAAAAGCAAAUCACUGAUUUAUCUAUUAAAAGUACUUGAAUGAUGUAACGAGAAGGAUGGAUGGAUGUGUUGGCCAUGGCAUCAGUGUGGUCCCUGCAAAUGUUCUCCUAUGACAGAACUGCGUUUUCAGAUGCACUGUCUCCAGGGUAUUAUUAUUCUGUCUUCUUUCUGUAUUUGUAAGACAUUAUAAUGCUUUAAUUUCCUAUCUCUACAUGUUCGGUUUGCUUAAAUAAAUGCAGGAUAUAACAAAAUGG